AUGCCUCCAAGAAGUAUAGAAGAAUGGUUUUACUACAAAUUACUGAGUAGUCCAGGUUUCCAUAGAUUUGUUCGCAAGGUAUAUAGGAAAGUAAAUGGCAUUAAAGAAGAUCCCUUCACUGACCAACCGACUGCUUUUCAAUACCUUUAUAAACCAACACCACUACAGAAAUUCAAGGCUUUACGCCUUUUAUUUUGGGAUGAAAUGAGAUCUACUUUUGGGUUCAGAAGGAGGCUGGGAGACCGCUUUAAAUGA